AUGAUUCAUAAAUUUUGUAAAUUUCAAAUUGAAACUCAUAAAAUUGAGUUAGCUGUAUGCUUAAAAUGCUAAUACUUUAUUAUACUCAGUAAAGUUAUAAAACUGAUUAUAAAUAAAAAUAUGCGUAGAUUUUGUAUGUAUAUUCAUUGUGGUAUACAGGGAAGGGCACCAUGGCUGAAUUUAGACCAAAAAAUAGUACCACUGAAAACCGCUCGGCUUCACAAUCUACACGAUACAAGUGAUACAAUUACAAAGCACUUUCUAGUUUAGCAUUUGAAUGGUACUCCACUACACUCCCUCUACCCAAACUUGAAAUAUCUUAUUAAUAAAUUAACGGCAAUUAAAUAUUUCAACUUUAACAUUUAUUUUGAUUAAAACAUUAUUUAUUUAUGGAAUUUUAAAUAUGAGUUGUAUUUCAAAAUCAUAAAUAAUUACACUCCCAAAUAUAUGGUUGACAAAAAAUAAUGGCAAUGUAACAUUUUGAAGCUACUUGUUUCUUAAAAUAUGAAUUAAAAAAAAUUCCAAAAAAGUGAAUAAUUUUCGAAAUAACGAAUGUCAUACGAUAGAUUGAUUACUCUGUCUAUGUACUCCGAUGGCUUCCGAGGUUUUAAAUCGGAUCAUUCCAGAUCAUUUUGCAUAUAGGUAGUAGAUUCAAGUUUAUUGUGACAAAUGGCACCGAAUAUUGUCCAUUAAUGAGGCCUAUUUAAAGAGUUGGCUCGUGUUGCGGAGAGUGGAGAAUUUUUCCAAAUAUAUCAGUUUUAGCUUAACUAAGCCCUUUCACAUUAAGUUGCCUGCUUGAACUAAUAUCAUUUUUUGGUGAAGCCUUAAGAGCGUUAUUUUGUAGUCAUUAGUAGCUAGCAUUGUUAACGAGAGAAACAAAAAAGCACAGUUCGUCGACCAGAAAGUCAGUGAAUUUUCAGCCGUCCGAAAUGUUAACCGGGGCAUAUUGUGAGGAAUCAAUUUAUCGUUAAGUCUCUAAAUUAUAAGUAUUAGAAUAGUAAAUGGCAGUCCAUGAAAAAAUAUAAAGAUAACAGGUCAACCAAUGAAUAUGCAUUAUGUGGUUCGCCACUCUUAUUAUUUCUAGGUAUUAUAAAUUAAUAUCAUAUAUAUAUAUAUAGAAUGGGGGUGUUAUAUUUUCUAUUGAUAAUAAUAAUCAGUUUAGUUUCUCUGUAAAACAUAAGUUUUAGUUAAGUUUUAUUUACAUAGAUUAUGUACAAUAAUUACAAUAAUUACAAGAUUACCUGUGAAACAAAAGAAACAGCAAUUAAAGUUUAUUAUUAUCACUCUUUGCCUUACUCAAUUAUUCUAAAAAUUACUAUAAAAAAUUCACUUCUGUAAUCAAAUUUUGCUAGUCAUAUUAUCUAUUGUUUCACCUAGCGGGGUUAAUUAAAAAGCGUGUGUAAUACAUGAAGCGCGGCAAAUUUUAAAUAAAGAAAGUCUUUCUUUACAUAUAUAUAUAUAUAUAUUUAAAAACAAAAAUUGUCUUUGCUCGUGACUAUGCGUGACAGGUUAAAGAAAAUAGUUACAUACAAAACCGAGCGGACUGUAGGCCGUACAUCAUCGAGACACUAAAGUUCUUGUACAACCUGCAGCUGACCCCAACCGUAGUGAAUUCGUUGGUGCCGACACUGGCCCGGCCACGUUAUCCAUUCGAGGUGCUGUUCGCCAUUGGUGGCUGGAGUGGCGGUAGUCCGACUGCCAUUAUCGAGACAUAUGACACCAAAUCCGAUCGGUGGGCUCAGAUAUUUCAUGAGGAUACGUAUGGUCCGAGAGCGUACCACGGCUUGAUCGUUGUGGACCAUUGUAUUUACGUUUUCGGUGGGUUCGAUGGGACGGAGUAUUUCAACUCUUGCAGGAAAUUUGACACCACGACGAAAACAUGGCACGAGGUGGCGCCAAUGAACUGUAAAAGGUAUUUAUUGGUACUCCCGGCUUUGGGCCAAUUUCCGGGAAGGAAGCCUGGCUGGGAUUUCCGGGAAUCGUCAGGACUAUUUAAUAUAUCCAACAAAUAA